AUGUGACGAAAAGGGGAAACAAGACUGGGUCCCGGCCACAACUUCAGCUGAGGAACUUGGCACGGCCAGCUUGGGACCCAGGACCCUAACGUGUAGCAGAGGCGCUGUGUUUGGAAGUCCCGCUAUCACGGCCCCCCAGAUGGGGCCUGGACGAUGCCUCCUGACGGCCUUGCUGCUUCUGGCCCUGGCGCCACCGCCGGAAGCCUCCCAGUACUGCGGCCGCCUUGAAUACUGGAACCCAGACAACAAGUGUUGCAGCAGCUGCCUGCAGCGCUUCGGGCCGCCCCCCUGCCCGGACUAUGAGUUCCGGGAAAACUGCGGACUCAAUGACCACGGCGAUUUCGUAACGCCCCCGUUCCGAGAGUGUUCUUCUGGGCAGUGCAACCCCGACGGCGCGGAGCUAUGUAGCCCCUGCAGCGGCGGAGCCGUGACCCCCACUCCCGCCGCGGGCGGGGGCAGAACCCCGUGGCGCUGCAGAGAGAGGCCGGUCCCUGCCAAGGGGCACUGCCCCCUCACACCUGGAAACCCAGGCGCCCCUAGCUUCCAGGAGCGCAGCUCACCAGCAAGUUCCAUUGCCUGGAGGACCCCUGAGCCUGUCCCUCAGCAGGCCUUGCCGAAUUUCCUUCCGCUCUUGGUGCUGGUCCUGCUCCUGACCUUGGCGGUGACAGCGAUCCUCCUGUUUAUUCUGCUCUGGUACCUCUGCCGGCCCAAGGAGAAAGCCGACCCCUAUCCCUAUCCUGGCUUGGUCUGCGGAGUCCCCAACACCCACACCCCUUCCUCCUCGCAUCUGUCCUCCCCAGGCGCCCUGGAGACAGGCGACACAUGGAAGGAGGCCUCUCUACUUCCACUCCUGAGCAGGGAACUGCCCAGUCUGGCGUCACAGCCCCUGUCUCGCCUCCUGGAUGAGCUGGAGGUGCUGGAAGAGCUGAUUGUGCUGCUGGACCCUGAGCCUGGGCCAGGUGGGGGCAUGGCGCAUGGCACUACUCGACACCUGGCCGCCAGAUAUGGGCUGCCUGCUGCCUGGUCCACCUUUGCCUAUUCGCUGAGGCCGAGUUGCUCGCCGCUGCGGGCUCUGAUUGAGAUGGUGGUGGCAAGGGAGCCCUCUGCCUCUCUGGGCCAGCUUGGCACACACCUCGCCCAGCUAGGGCGGGCAGACGCAUUGCGGGUGCUGUCCAAGCUUGGCUCAUCUGGGGUUUGCUGGGCUUAACACUCAAUAAAGAACUUUGCUGACUACUAA